GCCGGCCCCGCCUCCCUCCGCGCGCUCCCCGCGCCCGCGCGCCCGCCUCGCUCCUGCCCGCCUGCCCGGCCGGCGGGGGCCCAGCCGCCCCGAUGCCCGAGCCCGGCCCCAGGAUGAACGGCUUCUCGCUGGGCGAGCUGUGCUGGCUCUUCUGCUGCCCGCCCUGCCCGAGCCGCAUCGCCGCCAAGCUGGCCUUCCUGCCGCCCGAGCCCACCUACACGGUGCUGGCGCCCGAGCAGCGCGCUGGCCCGGGCCCGGCCGCCUCGGCCACUCCGGUCCCCGCCGCCCCGGCCGCUCCGGCUCCGGCCCCGGCCCCGGCCCCGGCGCACGCGGCCACCCCGAUCCCCGCGGCCAGCCCGGCGGCGGAGGAGGGCGCGGGCGCGUGCUCCCUGCACCUGAGCGAGCGCGCCGACUGGCAGUACUCGCAGCGCGAGCUGGACGCCGUCGAGGUCUUCUUCUCGCGCACGGCCCGCGACAACCGGCUGGGCUGCAUGUUCGUGCGCUGCGCGCCCGCCGGCCGCUACACGCUGCUCUUCUCGCACGGCAACGCCGUGGACCUGGGCCAGAUGUGCAGCUUCUACAUCGGCCUGGGCUCGCGCAUCAACUGCAACAUCUUCUCCUACGACUACUCGGGCUACGGCGUCAGCUCGGGCCGGCCCUCGGAGCAGAACCUCUACGCGGACAUCGACGCCGCCUGGCAGGCGCUGCGCACCCGGUACGGCGUGAGCCCCGAGAACAUCAUCCUGUACGGGCAGAGCAUCGGCACCGUGCCCACCGUGGACCUGGCCUCGCGGUACGAGUGUGCGGCCGUCAUCCUCCACUCACCUCUCAUGUCCGGCCUGCGCGUGGCCUUCCCCGACACCCGGAAGACGUACUGCUUCGACGUGUUCCCCAGCAUCGACAAGAUUUCUAAGGUCACCUCCCCAGUGCUGGUCAUUCACGGGACGGAGGACGAGGUCAUCGACUUCUCGCACGGCCUGGCCAUGUACGAGCGCUGCCCGCGCGCCGUGGAGCCGCUGUGGGUGGAGGGGGCCGGGCACAACGACAUCGAACUCUACGCUCAGUACCUGGAGCGGCUAAAACAGUUCAUCUCCCACGAGCUCCCCAACUCCUGAGGGCGCCCCGCUGCCUGACCUCAGUGACAGCCAGCACAGGCCCUCCGCUCCCGCACACGCCCUCCCCGGGGGGCGGCCGCGGCCACGGCCACGGUCAAGGUCAAGGUCAAGGUCACGGCCGGCGACCGGGAGGAAGCACCUGGCCGGGACGCGAGCGACCUCACCCGAGAGCCGGCGAGGCCUCGGCCGCGUAGCUAGAGAAUUUCUACUAAUUCACACGCCUCCCGACACGGUCCUGCUGUGGCUCCCAGCCCGUGGCCCCGCGGGGGGUCGGGAAGGAGGGCUGGGGGGCGGGGAUGCUGGGUAAGGAUGCUCCCAGCUGCGUCUCUUCUUCACGCACCGCUCGGGGUUCAUUUGGGCAGGACCCCCUUCCCCCAUCUCCCCCCACCAUGUCCUCCGCAUUCACGGGGUCCGUCCGUGGGGGAAGUUGUGCUAGAGCUACUGAACACUGGUGACAACAAUUCCUUAACCUCUCCUCUUUUUUGGUUCAUCCUUGCCCGAGGCUAUUUUCCCAUUGGUUUUUAGAGAGAGGGAAGAGAGAGAGAGAGAGAGAGAGAGACAUCGAUGUGGGAGAAACACAUCGAUGGGUUGCCUCCUGCACCCACCCCCGACCAGGGCCCGGGCCGGGGAGGAGCCUGCCACCGAGGUCCAUGCCCUUGACCGGGAAUCGAACCCGGGACCCUUCGGUCCGCAGGCCGGCGCGCCGCCCACUGAGCCACACCGGCCGGGGCCCUUAACUUUCGCCGACCUUUCCCCCUCCCC